CUAAAGUUCAAGUUGUAUACCGUCACUUCCUGGGAAGCGAAAACAACGUGACGCUAGUGAACAAUGGGGCAUACGAGUUUGGAAAAAAUAAUUCAGUUGCAGAAGAAAACUGCCAACAUAAGAAACAUUUGUAUCUUAGCUCACGUAGAUCAUGGAAAAACUACUUUGGCAGAUUGUUUGGUUGCUAGCAAUGGCAUCAUAUCAAGCCGACUGGCAGGAAAGCUUAGGUAUAUGGACAGCAGAGAGGAUGAGCAGAUCAGGGGGAUAACCAUGAAGUCCAGCGCUAUUUCAUUACAAUAUGCUUCCGGUGACCAUGAAUACCUCAUCAACCUGAUUGACUCCCCGGGUCAUGUGGACUUCUCCUCAGAGGUGUCCACGGCAGUGAGGCUUUGUGAUGGCGCCAUCGUGGUGGUGGAUGCAGUGGAGGGAGUGUGUCCUCAGACUCAAGUAGUUUUACGGCAAGCUUGGCUGGAAAACAUCCGCCCUGUUCUAGUGAUCAAUAAAAUUGACAGACUCAUUGUGGAGUUGAAACUCACUGCGCAAGAAGCCUACCAACAUCUGAAGAAAAUAUUGGGACAGGUCAAUGCGGUGACCGGAUCCCUCUUCACGUCCAAAGUGCUGGAGGAGCGAGCGGAGAAGGAGAAGGAGAAGGAGGCCCAGCAGCCCGCGGUCAGCGAGAACAGCAGCGGGGAGCAGGUGUACGACUGGAGCGCCGGCUUGGAGGAGACUGACGACUCGCACCUCUACUUCUCGCCGGACCAAGGCAACGUGGUGUUUGCCAGCGCCAUAGAUGGAUGGGGCUUCUGUAUCCAUCAGUUUGCCCAGAUGUACAGUCAGAAAAUGGGCAUCCGCUCUGACGUGCUGCUCAAGACACUGUGGGGAGACUACUACCUCAACCUCAAAGCCAAGAGGAUCAUGAAGGGAGCUCAGGCCAAAGGGAAAAAGGCUCUUUUCGUACAGCUCGUCCUUGACAACAUCUGGAGUUUGUACGACGCUGUCGUCACAAGAAGAGACAAGGAGAAGGUGGAGAAGGUCGUGACCUCUCUCGGGGUGAAGGUGGCGGCUCGUGACCUCCGCCACUCGGACCCCAAAGUGCUCCUGAGCGCCAUCUGCAGCCAGUGGCUGCCACUGUCCCAGGCAGUGCUCUCCAUGGUGUGUGAGAAGCUGCCCAGCCCGCUGGACAUGGCGUCCGAGCGCGUGGAGAAGCUGAUGAGCGUGGGAGCGCGCCGCUUCGACUCGCUGCCCCAACAGACCCAGGAGCUCAAGAGAGCGUUCCUGGAGUGCUCGAACGAAGACGUGGCCCCGGUUAUUGUGUUUGUGUCGAAGAUGUUCGCCGUGGAUUCCAGGUCGCUGCCGCAGAACAAGCAGAGGCCAUUGACACAGGAGGAGAUUGCCCAGCGCCGAGAGCUGGCCAGACAGAGGCACGCUGAGAGGCUGGCAGCCAAUCAGGACGCAGAGAGCUCAGAGCCGGCCCACGCUGGUGCCACUGCACUGAGCGCUCCGUCUGCUGGGGAGAGCAUUACAGGUGGCGGAAACCUGUCGGCUCAGAUGGAGGCGCUGGAUGUGAAGGGCGUGCCGGCCGCCACUGGCCCCUCUGCUGAGGACGAGGGCCGAGAGCACUUUGUGGCGUUCGCCAGAGUGUACAGCGGCACGGUCCGCAGGGGUCAGAAAGUGUUUGUGCUCGGCCCCAAGUAUGACCCCACGCAGGCACUGAGGACGCUGCCAGAGGGCAGUUGGGCGGCCGAUCCCCUGCCUGCUGUGCCCCACCUGGCAUGCUGCAGUCUGGACAGCCUGUACCUGCUGAUGGGCCGCGAGCUGGAGGAGCUGGAACAGGUACCCUCAGGCAAUGUCCUCGGUAUCGGAGGGAUGGAGGACUUUAUCCUGAAGUCUGCCACGGUCUCCACCACCCCUGCCUGUCCUCCGUUCACCCCACUCAACUUCGAGGCCACCCCCAUAGUUCGAGUGGCCAUCGAGCCCAAGCACCCAAGUGAGAUGCCAAAGCUGGUGCGGGGGAUGAAGCUGCUGAACCAGGCGGACCCGUGUGCUGAGGUGCUGAUCCAGGAGACGGGGGAGCACGUGCUGGUCACCGCCGGAGAGGUGCACCUGCAGCGCUGCCUGGACGACCUCAGGGAGAGGUUUGCCAAGAUCGAGAUAAGUGCCUCCAAGCCCAUCAUCCCGUUCCGCGAGACGGUGAUCCGACCACCCAAAGUCGACAUGGUGAACGAGGAGAUGGGCAGGCAGCAGAAGGUGGCCGUCAUCCACCAGGUGAAAGAGGAGCUGGCCAAGAACCCCGAGGGGGUCCAGGUGGAUCCCACUGGCCUGGUCACGCUCACCACCCCCAACAAAAUGGCCACGAUCGGGGUGCGGGCCACGCCGCUUCCUGAGGAAGUCACUCGACUGCUGGAGGAGAACGGUGAGCUCAUCCGAACAAUGGAGCAGUUCAGCCUCGCCGUGAAGGAGGGCAAGGCCCUGGAGAUCAACCAGAAAACCUUGGAGUCCGUCCAGGCCUUCAAGGAGACGCUCGAGAGCCACCUGAAGGGGUGGAAGUGGCGCGACGCCGUGGAGCGCAUCUGGUCCUUCGGCCCCCGCCGCUACGGCCCCAACAUCCUGCUGAACGCCGUGGAGGGCUACCAGCGGCCGUCCGUGUGGCAGUACCUGGACCGGGACCGGACCCAGCCCCCCGCCGCGCUCCGCGACCACGACAACAGCAUCGUCAGCGGCUUCCAGCUGGCCACGCUGUCGGGGCCCAUGUGCGAGGAGCCGCUGAUGGGCGUCUGCUUCGCCGUGGAGAGGUGGGACUUGAAGGUGGCCGCCGCGCUGCCCUCUCGGCUGGACUCUGUGGACGAGAAGGAGGAGACGGAGGGGGAGGGGGACUCUCCGCAGUCCGUGCCCCCUGCCAAUGACUCCGUUGGCGAGCCGUCACGGAAGGAUGGCGCCGGCGAGCAGCGGGGGGCACCCGAGCCAGACGGCUCUUUGUCGGGCGGACACGGCGGCAGCAGACGGCGGCCAGACGCGCCAUCUUCGGUGGACUGCUACGGCCCGGUGUCGGGCCAGCUCAUCGCCGCCAUGAAGGAGGCGUGCCGCUACGCUUUCCAGGCCAGGCCCCAGCGCCUCAUGGCUGCCAUGUACACCUGCGACAUCAUGGCCUCCGCCGAGGUCUUGGGUCGUGUCUACGGCGUGCUGUCCAAGCGCGAGGGUCGCGUUCUCAGCGAGGAGAUGAAGGAGGGGACCGAGGUCUUCAUCAUUAACGCCGUGCUGCCUGUGGCCGAGAGCUUCGGCUUCGCCGACGAGAUCCGCAAGCGCACCAGCGGCCUGGCCAGCCCCCAGCUCAUGUUCAGCCACUGGGAGGUGAUCGGCAGCGACCCGUUCUGGGUUCCCACCACGGAGGAGGAGUACCUGCACUUCGGGGAGAAGGCCGACUCGGCCAACCAGGCGCUGAAGUACAUGAACGCCGUGCGUCGACGCAAGGGCCUCUACGUGGAGGAGAAGAUCGUGGAGCACGCGGAGAAACAGAGGACACUGAGCAAGAACAAAUGAUGCACUCCUUCACUCUCUCUCUCUCUCUCUCUCUCUCUCUCUCUCUCUCUCGCGUAUGCUCACUUCCCCCCAUUCCUUCCCAGUUGCCCUCAGUGGUCACAAAUCACAAACUUGCAGUUGGUCAGCCUGUUAUACCACCACCUCCACCUCCACCUCCACCUCCACUCCUGUGCCUGCGCCACUUGUCUGCCACAGCUGAGAGGGAACUCCCUCCUGGGUCGUUUCUCUCCCCCCAAAUCAGUCAGAGGUAUUUAUUUUAGAGAAACCAUCACGAUGAUAAUCAAAAAAGACACGGGGGCUUUGGCGUGGCGUUCCUAGCAGGUGAGUUCUAAUGGGAAAUGUUCCGGUUUAUACCUCCACAGCUUUCACAGGAAGUGGAGAAGGGCCGGUGGGGGGGGGGGUCUCGUCCCCACAGUCGCUUAUAUUAGAGAUUCUCCAUGGGCCAUAAAAGGGCAAUCUCAGAGCCCAACUGGUAAUGCCAUUCAUUGGGGAUAGUUUGCUUGAGAGAGCCGGUUACAGCCGUGCAUAAUUUUGAGGGGUGUCGUUCCUCUUAAAGCACACUUUGGAUUGGAGUGGAAUGGCUUUGAAAUGAAUUCUGCUGCCUCCCCAUUGAAUUUAAUUACACGCACCCUAAAGACCAGAAUUUAAUUUGGAAAAACACCAACAUGAUGAAAUUGGGAAAUUAUGGCUGUUUUAAUAGUUUUGGGGGGGACAAGAACCACACAGGCGUUUAUCGAGUAUUCCCCCUACUGUGUGGGUAGGUAACAUAGAAGGCAAUUCUCUGUUUCUCUCUGCAGUAGGCUGAUCAAAAGCGUAAAUAAAUUCACAUUUCUUUAUUUUAUUUUAUUUUAUUUUUUUCAGAAAGGUUUCUAAUAAAUGAAUACAACU